GGCAUGAGAGCUUCUCUGGUCGGAUCAUGCGAGCAUGGGAAUAUUUGGAGGAAAAGACAGUUUGACAGCUGACUCAAAGAAAAGAAACAUGUGGAGGACGCUAACACUCUCACUGAUUGUAGCGCUGGCAUUGGGCACAGAGGUGUCCCAGUCUGAGGAUGUGGGCUCCAUAAUGUCUAUGGAGGAUGUGGAGGACGAGCCGAAUGAGAACCUGAGCGACAUCUCCAGCGUACUGGGAACGUCCCGACGGCAGAUCCUGGCUGCUCAGUUUGAGUGCUACCUGAAGAUAAUCCAUGACCCUCCACGUACAGAGGAAGGUGAUUACUGUAACCGUACGUGGGACGGCUGGCUGUGUUGGGGGGACUCCACUCCAGGGACGGUCAUGCAGAUGUGUCCUGGAUACUUUGUGGACUUUGACCCUGCUGAGAAAGUUAGCAAGGUGUGUAAUCCUGAUGGCCAGUGGUUCCACCACCCAGACAGCAACAGAGUCUGGACCAACUACACUCAGUGUCAGGCCCACACCAAAGACAAACUCAAGGUUGCCUUCAGUCUGUACUACUUGGCCAUGGUGGGUCACGGCCUCUCCAUCGUCUCCCUCAUCAUCUGUCUCAUCAUCUUCUCCUACUUCAAGAGUCUUAGCUGCCAGAGAAUCUCCCUCCACAAGAACAUGUUCCUCUCCUUCAUCUUGAACUCCAUUGUUACUAUAAUGUGGCUCUCACUCAACGUGGGCAACAACCAGGCAAUAAACGCCAGCGACCCCGUGAGCUGUAAGGUCCUGGCUGUGCUGACUCAGUACACGGCUACUUCCAACUACUUCUGGAUGCUGUGUGAAGGAAUCUACCUCCACACGCUCAUCAUCGUGGCCGUCUUUGUCGGGGAGCAGCAGCUCUUCUGGUACUACGUCCUGGGAUGGGGUUUUCCCAUCAUUCCUGCAAUCACAUAUGCUGUGGCUCGGGGGCUCUUCUUUAACGACAAGUGUUGGAUCAGUUCACACACAAACCUGCUUUAUAUCAUUCAUGGGCCCAUUCAAGCUGCAUUAAUUGUGAACCUGUUCUUCCUGCUGAACAUCGUGCGGGUCCUGAUCACCAAGCUGAGAGAGACCCACUGUGCCGAGUCCACGGCCUACAUGAAGGCGGUGAGGGCCACCCUGAUCCUGAUCCCCCUGCUGGGGGUCCAGUACAUCCUGUUCCCAUGGAGACCAGAGGGACGCAUCAGCAGACCCAUCUACGACUUCUUCAUCAACAUCUUCAGCCACUUCCAGGGGCUCCUAGUGGCAGUUAUCUUCUGUUUCUGCAACGCUGAGGCUCAGGCAGCUCUGAGGAGGAAGUGGGCUCAGUGGAAGUCAGCGUGGGGUAAAACGGGCUGGGGCACCACGCCCACCACCAACAACCACUUCAACUACCACAACAACUCCUCCAUCACUGAAACCAGCCGCGCCACCAUCAGCCUGGAGCGCCCUCCUGCUGCUGCACCGCCUGAACACAGCGAGAACAGCCACUUCCUGUGUGAGGUGCAGCAGAAAAGCAACGGACAGCAGAAGACGUGCAGCAACGGGGAGGUGGAGAACAAGCUGGAGACCACCGACAUCUGACUGGCAACACACACACACACACACACACACACACACACACACACACUAGACGUGGAAAGGCAGACGACUACAGUGUACAGUGUACAAAACAUCUGACACACAUUUUUAUAGUAACAGCUCCAGUUUUUGGAGUUUUUCAUAAGGUAUCAUGGUGUCAUCCUGUAAUCCUGGUAUACAAUGUUUUUUGCGUACAUGUGUUCUGUUGCUGGGAUAAAGUCCACUUUUCAGUUUUUCCCCCUAGUUUUUAUAAAGUAUAUCCCAUUUUCAUAUCACAAAUGCAGCUGUUUGUGUCACCUGUUGCCUUCUGAAGCCUCUGAAUGUUUAUUUUAAGUGUUCAACAUGCUUAUUUCUAGAUUUAAUAAUCUUAAUUUAAGAAAUCUUGUCAAGUGAAAUUAUCUGUCCAUGCAGCAAGAUCAUUUCCCUCAGAUUUAGUGUUUUUAUCUUAGGCGGGAUCCACUCACCACACUUCAGCACCUUUGUGUUGAACAGCUCCGCUUGCUGUUUCAUGGAGGGGGGACUCCUGUUUUUGUUUGGCCAUGGUGCCAACCAGGCUAUAUAAUACAACUGUCUGUCUAUAUAAUUAUUAAGUUACAAGUAAAUUUGCAAAGAAGCACAGCUGGAGACGGCUAACAAAGUUAGAGACAAGAGAGACAAUAAAAGUGCAAACUGCGCAAAAAAUGUGCUUAACUGUGUUAAGCUAGCGUUGCUUUAUUUCAACCGAGCUAGCAAGCUAAUACAAAUGAAACGCCUUCACACAAAACGGCAUCUAAAAAGAGAGAUUGGGACUCCUCCUCCUCUUUUCUUCUCUUUCGAUACUGAGCACCAGAGAGCUUUGAAGGCCGUUUCAUCUUGCAAGAUUUAUCAAAACAUAACGUGUCACUUGACAUGACCAGACCUCUGUGACAGCGGUCUGACCGUCUAAAGGGGGGCAAGGCAAUGAACACACGUCACGUGACUCAGCACCACAAGUGAGAAAAAUGUCACUGUUUAUCUGUUCCUUUAUUUUGUUAACCCUUUAUCGGGCGAAGAACUAUAUUUGGUAACUUCAGGUAAUAUUUCAAGAAAAAAGUUGCAAAUUUACUAGAUUAAAGUGGCAAAUCGACAAGAAAAAAAGCAGCAAAUCUGCGCGAAAAAGUCCCAGAUUUACAAGAAAAAAAGUGGGAAAAAGCAACUUUUUUCUUGCAGAUUCACCACUUUAAAUCUCAUAAAUAUGCACAUUUUUUUCUGAUAGAUUUGCCACUUUAAUCUCGUCAACUUUUUUCUCAAAAUAUUACCCCCCUCCCCGGGUCUGUAUGUUUUUUUUAUACAUUCUGGCUAUAUGUAAUAUCCUCCAAUAUUCUCUAGGGUUGAAAUUUGGAAUUUGCAAGUAUUUAAAUGAGUGCCCUAUAAAGGGUUAAUAUUUAUUAUUUUCAAGACAGAACACGAAGGGAGGGCGACAAUGAGAAUCACAUUUUUUUUCUUUUUUCUUCACCUAUGUCGCCUAUGCCUAGAGCCGGUUAUUGAAAGGUGAAUUAACACACAAAAAAGUCCCUACAUUAUCGCUGUAAAAUAACUGUUGAAUUUACUUUUAUAGCAAGCAAACACCUCAUCUGAACAUGGAAUGUAUACUAUUAAAAAGGGCUUCUGACUUUCCCAGUUCAUAUUAUAGCUCAUAUGUUAAAAAUGAAGCAGUAUACAGUCGAUCUGUGACUUUACUGUAACAGUAUAACAUGCUGGCUACAUGGCAGCUAAACAUGCAUGUAAAGAAAAUGUGUAGCUAAUUUUGAGCCUCAUCUGAUUCAAAGUGAUUUAUUUCCUGGAAUUCAAUUAUGUGCUGAACAUUAUUAAUGUUCCAGCUAUCUCUGCAGGGCUCUGAGAGCAGCAGAAUUACUGCUGCAGAGAUAAUGGAGCUGCUCACUUACUCACUCCAUUAAAAUCAAAGGGGUUUUCAGGGUUUUUUGGUCAAAAUAAAAAACAAAAACCACAGACAAACAAGGCACUAUGGUGUGUGGAAAAUCUGUGUAUCCUCCGUUCUAUCCAUAUCUGCUUGGAAAUCAAAACACGGAUAACAAAAAGUGACCUGUUUUUUUUUCAAUAAUCAACCUUUUAUUUACAUUAUACAUGAUACAAAAGUCCCACGUUUCUCUUUUUUUAAACACAAUGCAUGACCAGGAUAUCAAGUAUGAGAAUAAGGGCCCGAAUGUUGAUUUUGAAAAUGUACAUUUUGCAAUUUAGUGGUCAUGUGGUCUGGAUUCUAUGACCCCGAGGUUCCUGGGAAUGACUUAAAAAACGAUUUUUCCUCUAAUUUCAGAUUACAAUAAAAAGAAAAGCGUCCAUAAUCAAAGACUCAUUCCACUUUAGGUGGACAGUGGACAUCUA